AUGGCUGCAGCACCGACGAAGCAGGCUCUCACCGAGCUUUUCAACACUACCAUGCGCACGUCGCGGGAGUUCAGCUCGUACAACUUCCGCAACUACUUCAUCCGCCGAACGAAGAAAGCAUUCCAGGAGAUCGAGAAUGAGGCGGAUGCGGCAAAAUUGUCCGCAUUCUACAACGAGAAGACGAAGGAGCUCGCGGUCCUGAAACGCAGCGCUAUCACCAAUCAGCUCUACGGUGGAUGGCAGCUCGUAGUGGAGAAGCAAAGCGCGGAGAGAGAAAGAAGUGACAAUUGA